GAAAGACGGGCUAUGGUAGCACUGAACGUACCCGCCAAUUUCGAAGAUGUAAACAGGACUUCUCUUGAUUUGUAAACUGGAUAACUAGUUACCUUGCCAUAAGAAGCCGUUAACUACCACCUUCGCCUUACCAUAAGGAGCCAAUAUGAAUACAACGAAGAGUAAAGAUGCUGGGGAUUCAUCGCAACUUGCUGCCAGUGGCGACAGUGAUUCCAUCAAAGUGUUUGUGCGGGUGCGACCUAUGACGCAGGGCAGUGGCCUAACAACAGAUGGAGAUCACGGUCUCUGUCUCACGGUCACCUCACACAACACAAUCCGCUUGCACUCCAAGCCAGAACCACGCAACUUCACCUAUGAUCAUGUUGCAGACAUGGACACGAGCCAGGAGGCUGUGUUCUCGAGUGUAGCGAAAAACAUAGUUGAGUCUUGUAUAAAUGGAUACAAUGGGACCAUAUUUGCCUAUGGACAAACUGGUUCUGGGAAAACCUUUACCAUGCUUGGGCCAUCUGAUUCUGACAACUUCACUGACAACCUGCGAGGAGUUAUACCCCGGAGUUUUGAGUACCUGUUUUUUCUCAUCAACAGAGAAGUGGAAAAGUCCGGGAAUUCCAAGAGCUUCCUGUGCAAGUGCUCCUUCAUUGAGAUCUACAACGAACAGAUCUAUGACCUCCUGGAUAGUGCCUCCGCCAGCCUCUUCCUGAGAGAAAACAUAAAGAAGGGCGUAUUUGUUGAGGGGUCUGUUGAAAAGUUUGUCACGUCUGCAGCAGAGGCAUACCAGGUGCUGUCUACGGGCUGGAGGAACCGCAGGGUGGCCUCCACCUCCAUGAACAGAGAGUCUUCACGGUCGCACGCCGUGUUCACCAUGACCUUAGAGUCCAAGGAGACCGCCAACGAGGUGUUCAACAUCCGAACCUCCCAGCUGAACCUGGUGGACCUGGCAGGCUCUGAGAGGCAGAGAGACACCCACACAGAGGGAUCCAGACUCAAGGAAGCCAGUAGCAUCAACCGAUCGCUUAUGUGUCUGGGUCAGGUGAUCAUGGCCCUGGUGGAUGUGUCCAAUGGCAAGAGUAGACACAUCUGUUACAGGGAUUCCAAACUCACUUUCCUUCUUCGGGACUCACUCGGAGGAAAUGCUAAGACAUAUAUUAUAGCCAAUGUGCACCCUGGCUCCAAGUGCUUUGGAGAGACACUGUCCACCUUACACUUUGCCCAGAGGGCUAAACUGAUCAAGAACAAGGCCAUGGUUAACGAGGACACGCAGGGGAACGUGAGGCAGCUCCAGGCUGAGGUGAAGAAGCUGAAGGAGCUGCUGGCCCUGGCUGGGUCUGUGCUCCCACACACGGGGGAGGACGGGAGAGAUGGGGCCCCCGGAGGACCCCUGCCACACGCAGAUCACUCCAUAGAAGGCCCACCUGAGGUCUCCUACAAAACACAGUUUUUAGACGCUGUGCGUUUGUGGAAGAGGCGUAAUGAUGACAAGAGGAUGCUGCUCCAGAAAGUAGCUCAGUUGGAGGAGGCUUGGACCCAGAAGGAGAAGUUCAUCCACUCCAACCGUAUGAUCCUCAAAUUCAGGGAGGACCACAUCUCCAGACUUGAGAAGAACUUCAAGGGGGGCCUGGGCCUCCUGUCUGACCAGCAGAGUCAAGCUCUUGUCCACCAACUCAAGGAGGAGAUCAAGAUCCUGAGACAUCAGAUUGAGCAUCACCCACGCAUGACCAAAUACAUGGCAGAGAACUACAGCCUUCGUGAGGAGAACCGCCAGCUCCUCUCCUCAGAGUCAGUCAGGAGGGCCGAGGAAGUGGACAGCCAAGCCGCUGCUGAGCUGGAGGAGGCCUUCCAGAAAGUUCUGGAGGCGGAAGGGUCUUCUGGGGCACAACCAGCCGGCUGUACGGCGACGGCUGAGAACCUCUCUGCCGUCUCUGUGGAGAGGCUGAAGGCCCAGCUGCUGCAGAAGCAAACAGAGCUUACUGCUACUGUUCAGGCCUUUGAGGAGCACAAGGAGGUCGCCAAGAAGCAGAUGUUGGAGUUGGAAUUGGAGAAGAGGUACCUGGACAAGUCUAACAAGCAUCUGGAGAACAUUCUGGAGGCCACUAAAGCUCAUAAGAAAUUGGAGGUUUUUCAGCUGAACAAAAUCCAUGCGGAAACCAUAAAGAUCCUCACCACCCCUACGAAGUCGUACAACCUGCGGACCCGGCUGGUGCAGCUGUCCAGCCCCGACCACCUGACCGGGGGGGUGGAGGACAUGGACGGCAUCCUCAGCGAGCAGCCUCCCCCCCAGAUGGAAGACGUCUGCGAGGCUCUGACAGAGGAGCUGCAGCAGGUCCAGGAGCAAGCCAGUCGUGUUCAGUCCCAGCUGGACGAGGAAGAGCUGAAGAACCGGAAGCUUCUGCAGCAGAUCACCAAGCUGCAGGAGCAGGUGGCCCUGAUGUCGGAGGACUCCGCCCGCCAGCAGGAGCUGCUGUCGUGUGACCGGGCCUCCUGGGGGACUGAGAGGGGCAGCCUGCAGGAGAACGUCAGUCGCCUGGAGAAGAGCCUGCAGGAGGAGAGGCAGGCUGGGGAGGUGUUGAGCAGUGAGGUGCAGGACCUGCGCCUGGUGCUGCAGUCGUCUGACAGGGAGCUGGCAGCUGCCAAGAAGGAGCUGAGAGCCGGCCGCAGCGAGCAGGAGAGGGAGGCUGUUCAGCUGUCCAGCAGUCUGAUCAGCACACAGCUACAGCUCGAUAAAUUCACGCUGGAGAGAGAACAGCUCCUGGAGCAGCAGAGGUCUCUGCAGGAUGCCCUGGACCAGGUGCAGGCGGAGGCCAAGUUUGAUGUAGACCAGCUCUGGCAGCAUCUGGAGGAGAAGCAGCAGGAGCUAGCCACGCAGCAGGCCCAGAUCACAGGGCUGGCGGACGCCCUGCAGGCUGAGAAGGAGCUCACCGGAUCUCUAACCUUCAAGCUGAAGGAGGACAAGGAAUGCACUUCCAAAGAGCUUGUGCUGGUAUUGGAGCAGAAUUCAGUCCUAAGGAAGCAAGUCUUUGAGCUGAUGGCACAGAACCAGCAACAGGCUGUAAACAUUGCAAGUCUUGAGCAAAAUCUCACCACAGCCAACGGAACAAUCACAAGCUUGGAGCAAAAAGUCGAUCAAGACAAAGGAUUUGUACUGGACCUGAUCAACCAGACCAGAGACCUCCGCAGCGAAUUGGGCCAGAAGGAGGAGAACUUGGCCCUCCUCUCUGGGGACAUCAAGGACAUCACGGUCAAGUAUAGUGCCGCCUGCUGCGAGAGGGAGGAGAUCAGAGAGCACAGCUCCAGGAUGCAGGCGGAGCUGCUGGACGUGAAGGAGGCUGCGGAGAGGAGGGUGGCGUCCAAUCAGAUCGAGCUGGAGGUGUUGCAGGAGGAGGUGGCCUACGCCACGGAGGAGGUGGAGAGACUCACUAAAGUGUUGGAUGAGCAGACCGGCCUCCUCCAGGCCUCUCAGGACCAGGCAGCCCAGAACGAGGCCACCAUCAAGGCCCUGCAGGACAAGUUGAAACAGCAGGCAGACUUGGUCGAACGAACCGUCAGAAGUGACGACAACGACAACCCUCUGUCUUCAGUCACUCCUAAACGACUCCCACAGACGCCGGCUACGCCCCACAGCUUCAGCACAGACCUGUCACAGCUGCUGGAGAGCCAGGAGAGGGAGCUGGAGAGCCGACGCUCCUCUAUGAUGACCAUGGAGGUGUUGCUGUCCGAACUCAACGCUGAGAGGACCGCCAAGAACGAGGAGAUCCUGAGGCUCAAGGCCCAGCUAAACAAAGACACGGAGAGAAAUAAGGCACAUGGUCUUUUAGACCAGUUGUGCACCAAACAGAAUCAGACGAACAGAAACACAAAUGGUGCGGUUUUGAACGAAGCCAUUCAGCAGUCCAUGCUUAAAGAACUGCAGGAGGAACGGGUAGAAAAGAGUACAAUACUGCAGCGGUUCACUGAGACACAGGAGAGACUACAGCUCCAGGAGUCCAUGCUGGCCCAGUCCCAGACCUGCGUCCAGGAACUGACCAAUGAGCUGAGGAACCGCUGCCUAGAGGUCAGGGAGCUAACCCUGAGGGGUCAGGACCAGGAAAGACUACUCCAGGAAGUGGAGGUUCUUCGGAAGCAGGUGGAUCACCUGUCGGAGGAGAACGGCAAGCUGGUGGGCCAUAAGAACCACAAGCAGAGGAUCGAAUACUUGGUGAAGCUGAAAAAGGAGAACACCAAACUACAGGAGGAAAAUGAAAAACUCAAGACAGAGAAAUGAGCCUUAUUCGGGACCAUGCUUGAAGUCCCAUCCCACGCAAAGGAUGCUCAUUGGUCGUUCAAGCUUUCAUGGCUGAACCAACAUGUACGAGGACUGCUUUGGUCAAUACCUUUACAUGGAGUCAAAUGUGACAUUUUAAGCAUCUGCUUUCAAAAAGAAAAAGAAAAGGUAUGAUUUUAUUUUGUGUAUGGUGUCUCUAUGAGGCUGGCCCACUGUCAUGUAGAAUUGCUUGACAGUCUACCUCAGCAGACUCCAGAAUGCUGUGAUAAGCGGUCAUCCACUGUAGAAACUGUAAUUAACCUGGGCUUUUGUCAUGUGUUUUGCAUCAUACACCUUUGGUAUACAUACUUUGUGUUCUUUUUAAAUGUUUCAACUGUCUUUAUUGAGAAAUUAUCAUCCAAAUUAUCUUGAUAUUAAUUUCUGUCCAAAUGACACUUUCACCACAAAUGUAACUUUUUAUAAUGAAUGAAAAGCAAAAAGGGUUGCACUCUUUCUUGUAAUCUUGUUGCAUAAUCUUUUUUUUGUUAUUUCAUGUCUGAUUCUCUUAUGUCUGUGUGAUUAUCUAAUAACAUCCUUUUUGUGUUUAGAAGAAAUCUUUCAAGUCUAUAACUCUUCUCAUUUCCUAUACAUUGCCCAUGUACAUAAAACAUACUCUAUUGAACUGUUCUAGCCUAUGCUGUCUGUAUAACAAUUUUAUGACAAAUAAAAACGUAAUAUUUUA